AUGAACGGCGUACCCCGAGUGGCGCGCAGCUCUACGCGAACAAGCUCAUCGCCAUGGGCCUGCUUCUUUUGCCAGCAGGCUCGGCCCAGCUGGGUACGCGUCAACGUGCCUAGCAGCUUUCGAAGAAAUGUCUCGGGUUCGACGCCGAGGAGAGCACAGCUUCGGGAGCAGAAGGAGUCGGUUCACGUCCCCUCGAUGGAACAGAUACGUGCGCAUUACAACAAAAAGAACGCCACCGUAGCAUACUACACCCUGAGCUUGAUAAUGGGCACCGUCGCACUGUCGUACGGUUCCGUGCCGUUGUACAAGAUGAUCUGCCAGACGACCGGUUGGGGCGGCCAGCCCGUUCGCGCCCACGGCGGUUCCUAUGACGGGGAUAUCUCGAGCCGACUAGUCCCCGUCACUUCUGCGAAUCGCAUCCGCGUCACCUUCAACGCCUCCGUCUCCGACGAGCUGCCGUGGAAAUUUGUGCCGCAGCAGCGCGAGGUCCGUGUACUGCCGGGCGAAACCGCUCUCGCCUUCUACAAGGCCGAAAACAAGGGCGACAAGGACAUCAUCGGCGUGGCCACGUACAGCGUCACACCGGCGCAGUGCGCUCCAUACUUUAGCAAGAUUCAGUGUUUCUGUUUCGAAGAGCAAAGGCUAAAUGCCGGCGAAACAGUCGACAUGCCCGUCUUCUUCUACCUCGACCCGGACCUGUUGACCGACCUGAACAUGAAGGGCGUCGAGACUGUUACCCUCAACUAUACCUUUUUCAGUAUUCCCAAUCCCUACCUCCCCCGGCCAAGUUGGCCAUGCUGA